AUGGAGGCGGAGUUGCGGGAAAUUUUAGAAGAAUGGGGUUUUUCAAGACUAAUUCCUGUAUUUGAAGAAAACGGAAUCGAUCAAGAAGCGUUCUUGUAUUUGAAUGAUUUGGCCAUAGAAAAACUGUUGUCCAAGGAAAAUCUUGGUGCAAAAUUGAAAUUUAAUAAUAAAUAUAAAAAUUUUCUUAUAAAUAAACAGGCUGCACCUUUAACCGUUCACAGGAAUCUGAACGUAAAUUCGGAUGAGCAAAGUGAUUGUUCAGAGAGUACAGCUUCAGAGGCAACGGCUAUAUCUUCAGAUGACGAUUCAAAUGAUGCAGUUGAAGAGUACAGCUCUGCCACACUCGAAAACAUUCUUAAUUCGCCCAUGGGCAGUCAAAUUAAAUCCUACUACACAAGAGAAAAACGGUUGAAGAAUAAUUUAAGAGAUAAAUUGGUGUCAAUCAUCCUAGAGGAUUUACUAUCAAAAAAUGUAAAUAUGCGGAUAUCCAAAAAAGUCUUUACGGAUAUCUCAGCAGCCAUUGUUGCCACAUUUCCUAAUGAAAUUAAGGUUUGUACUAUAUGUUACGGCUAA